AACUAAUAAGUUAGGCUCCAAAACUUCCUUAGCAAGAUUUGUUAUUUGCAGUUUGUUUUUGUGGACCCCACUCACAUUCCAACCCUCUCUCACAGACACUGCAAUUUUACCAUUUUCGUGUAUCUAAUUUUUCGUUUCCAUUAUUUCUCACUCUCUUCGAUCACUCUCAAGAAAGUUGUAAAAACUCUCUUUCUCUUCCCUCAUUUCAAAUUUUUCUCUGUUACAGUUUUUUUUUUCUACAAGAAAAGCAUCUUCUUCACCAUCAUCAUUGUAACCGGUUUUAUAUGGUGUGAAUUUAGUUGAAAAAUGGCUGUUAAGGGUUCUGUUAAGUUAAAGUUUUGUGGUGGUGGUGGUGGUGGUGGUGAUGAUGAUGGGAACUUAACGUUUAAGCGGCACAACUCGUCCGAGAGAAAUAAUACAUGGCAUUCAGGAGUGAGGAAUCGAGUUUUGAAUGAUGAUUCUGAUAAUGAUGAUGAUGAUGAUGAUGUGCCUUUGGCGGUAAGGUUAUCCCGGAUGCCGAAUUCGGGAACACGGAGUAGUAUCUGUGAUGUUCCUGUUAAGAUGAGGGGUAAUAGUAAUACUACAACAAUGCCGGUUAAGAGGCCGUUUGGUAAUGGCAAUGCCUUGCAGGAUUCUGUUAAGAAAGCGAAGGUGACAACAAAUGAUAAACCUUUGUCGGUGAGAAUCAAAAUUCCAGGAAAAGUUUCUGAUAAAUCGUUUUCGUUGCUGAAGAAAGAUCUUGCGUUGGUAGAAAAAUCGUUUGAGGAAUGCAAAAGUAAGAGGGAAGAAGAAGAGAAGAGAUUGGAGUCGAUAAAGAGAGAUAUUGAGGAGUGCUCCAAAGAGCUUGUGAAUUUGAAAAAGAAAAAUAGUUGCGUUGAAAGAACUAGCGAAUCUCAUAAGCAAAUGUUGGGGAAAAUUGAUGAAUGUGUAAAGGAUUUUGCAGCAAAAGAAGCACAACUCUGUUUGAUGGACGACUUGAUUGGAGAACGCAAGCGAGAGCUGAAGAAAAAAGAGAUAGAACUUCAUCGAGUCAUGGAUAACAUUGAGAAGCACCGUGAAGGGAAGGAAGAAGAACUCAAGGCUCUUUCCGAAAAAAUUGCUCAAUGUACUGUGGAACUUAAGGCCACAGAGAAAGAGCAUGAUGCAAUGAAAAAACGAAUUGACGAACAAGCAGACAUUUUAAAGUCGGAAAAUAAGAAGUUACUAAAGGUAAUGCAAUGCAGUCAGCACUAUUUAAGUGCUCAAAUGAAGGAAUUUGAAUUAACCAAAAAGCAAUUUGAAGAGCGGGUUAAGGAGUUCGAGUUAAAGGAGAAAAGAUGCGGAGAACGGGUGAUGGAGCUUGAGUCAAAGGAGAAGUUGUUUCAAGGCUGCGUAGAGAAGCUCAGGUUAAAAGAGAAAAGAUACGGAGAACGAGUGGUGGAGCUUGAAUCAAACGAGAAGCUCUUUGAAGGUCGUGUAAAGGAGCUUGAGUUUAAAGAGAAGCAACUUGAAGGCCAAGCGAAAGAGUUUGAAUUGAAGGUGGAGAGAUUUCAUAGCCAAAUAAAGGAGCUUGAAUCGGAAAAGAAGCAUUUUGAUUGCUCUGUAAAGGAGCUGGAAUCAAAAGAGAGGCAAUUUGAAGGACAAGUGAAGCGGCUAGAGUUAAAAGAGGAGCAGCUUGAAGGCCGAGUGAAAGAGUUGGAUUCAAAAGAGGAGAUGUUUAAAGGCCAAGUUAAGGACCUUGAGUUAAAAGAAAACAAACUUGAAGCCCGGGUGAAUGAGUUCAUAUCAGAAAAAGAGCAAUUUGAAGGGCGAUUGAAGAUGCUCCGGUUUAAAGAAAAGUUGCUUGAAGUACAAGUGAAAAUAUUUAAAGGCCGGGUAGACAAAAUUGAAUCAAAAGAGGAUGAAUUCAAAGCUAAAAUGCAGGAGCUCAAGCGUUUCAUAAGCAGAAUGGAGGAUUUCGAAUCAGAAGAGAAACAAUUUGAAGGACGAGGGAAAGAGCUCGUGUCAAUAGAUAAAAUUUUCAAAGUACAUGCAAAUGAAUUCAAGCAAAAAGAGAAGCAGAUUGAUGGACCUAUGAACGAUCUUGAGUUGAAGCCAAAUGAAUUUGAUGGACAACAUACGCAACCCGAGUUAAGAGAGAAACAAUGCUUUGCAGUAAUACAACCAUUUGAAGAAGAAACAGAAUUGGGCAAUCAAUUAAGUCCCACCGUUGAUGACAGAUGUUUGAUGUUGGUCCCAUGUGAGCAAACUGAUGAAUUUGAGUCAUUUGAUUACGGCUUUAAUCUGCAAAGUUUAUCUGAUCCAUCAAAAAUUGUGUUGGAAAUAAUACAGAAUCCCUUUAUUCCAAAGUGCAAAAUGGGAAACAGUGAUGUAAUUAUUGAUGAUAGAGACAUUUUCCUGCUCGAAGAACUGAUGAAAAUCUCACCAGAUGUUAAACCUCAUACAAGAGAAAAAGCAAUGAAGCUAGCACUUGAAUUGAAAGCUAACAUGGAAGAAAAUAAAGAAAAUUUUAAGGAGGUUUUGGGUUUUCUACUCCUUGUGUCAAUUUAUGGCUUGGUUCCUUUUUUCGAUGAAGAUGAAGUUUUAAAGCUUUUUGGACUUGUUUGUCAGCAAAAAAUAGCUAUAGUUCUGUUUGGGGCCUUGGGUUUCGCAGAUAAAAUAUCUGAUUUUGUUGAGAAUCUUAUCGCAAGACAACAAUAUGUAGAAGCUGUUAGGUUCAGUUGUGCGUAUAAAUCGGGCGACAAUAAUCAACUAGUUGCUCUCUUGCGAGAACAUGUGCAGAAUGCAAAACUAAUUUCUGAGAGCAGUUGCAGUGAAGCCGACUCCAUCGAAAUUAAGGAUAAAGCCAGAGAUCAAGAAAUUACUAGUCUUACAACUGUUUUACAGUGUAUUGAAGUCAACAGCCUAGAAUCCAAGGAUCUACGUGACAUGAUUCAUGGCCGUAUUCUUGAGCUAAAGAGACAUAAGGGAACAUAGUGUUCUUACUGUAACCAGUGAGCACCAUACUCUAAAUAGCGAACACCUAACUCGUUGCCUUGUAAAUGAAGUAACAGGAUUCUCUGUAUCUUGCUCUUAUGUAAAAAAAAAACUAACUGGGGCAUCUCAUCUUUGACUCCCUACUCUUUCUGUAGUAUAUUGCUUUAUUUUCUUGAAGUAAUUCUCUAUAGCUUAAAAUGUUUAUGUACAAAUUGGUUAAUUUGGAGUACAUGCCACCUUUUUGUUCACAAUGAUUAUGUAAUUAGCUUCAUACACUUGAUGUAAAAGUUCUCUCUCAUUUGUUCA